AUGCACAUUCUUUUCGUUAGCUCCAAGAGUAUGAUUCAAUUCAUUGUCACUUUUUGUCUUUUCUCAAUUCUUGUCGACGCCACAAAUGUAGUUGUUGAAGAACAAAUGAGAUGUGAGAUGCUGAAUGAAUGGAACUAUCGAGUUACAUAUGUGGAAUACGAUCAUAUAACGUAAGUUGAUUGACAAAACCAUCAAAUAUUAAUACAAGAACUACAGCGCCAAUGAAGUUCUGCUUGAAACCGAAUUGGUAACUGUAAAGGGUCAUUGGGGUCCAAAAUUCACUCGAAGGUAUGGUGUUCAUGAUGGUGAUGGUACGGUGAGAAGGAAAAGAUCCGAUCUUUAUUACGAACUUAAAAUGUACAUUACGCAUACUUGUAAAUACGAUGCCCAAUAUGUUGGGUUUUAUGAGGAUUUGGGUGUUGUCGAAGUUCGUGAAAAGUUAGUUUUAAAAAAAAAAGUUGGACUUGUAAAAAACCAUAUUUUCAGCGAUGCAAGAUUCCAGAAGUUGGGCUUGAAACUGGAUACAGAAUGCAACUUUUUCACGUGCUGGCGGGUUUGA